GACAGUAAGUAAUUCUCAAAUUUUAUCUUGUUUUCUUGUUGUUAAGAUUUAAAAAAUUAUUUUCUUAUUUUUCCCGCUCGUUAUUAAUUAUAUUUCAACAGUACUUAAUAGACAAUGCAAAACUUCGGAGGGAGCAAUUGUGCCGCCAAUAAUUUUUCCCCUCUGCAUUAAUGAUUCUAUUAUGCAUAAUUUGCAUUGUUUUUUAAGUCAUUUAAACUGUUGAAGUAGCAGCUACGACGUUUAGUUGCUGUUUUCUACUGUUUAUUAGUAAAUCCAAGAAAAAAUGUAACAGAAACCGAACUUUAAGAAAGAAAGAAAUAUUUCAAAAAAUCUGAUGUUUCUAUCUUAUAUCCGUGAUGAAGUGAAUUACUUUAACUGCUGAUUGGUUGAUAUCGAUUCUGUAAUGACAUACUACACUUAUACAGAGCCAAAGAUAACUUCGAUCAUGACCCGCCAAUGACAGCUGCAGUUGUCGAAAUGUAGCCUAAAAUAAAUUUGCUUGUUCAUGACAUGAUAAUAUCUAUAUUAUUCAAUGACAAUUCUAUGACUAAUGAUCCUUGACCAAGGCAACUCCGAGCGUUUGUUUAUACGUGUAAUAACGUAAACGUCAUUCUUGCACGCUAAGGGUAAAAAGGUUUAUCACACGUUCCUUACAGUACGGGACUAAAUCCUCAGAUACUUUUUUAAGGUAGAUUUAUUAUCAGCUGAAAAGUGAACUGUCGCUCACUGUAUGAGUCAAUUAAAGUUCAGGAGUCGCCAUUUUUCACAGUGUUACAGCGGAAAGUAUUCAAGCCGGAGACCCUCUUGUUGGUUUUAAAAGUGACAAAGAAUUACGGAUAUUACGUCAAAGGAAAAGAUUAGAAUAAAAGGUCUUUUAAUGAUUGGUGACCUUAGGUCACAGUCACAUGUCUGUGGGAAAGGAAAAACUUGGUUAAUAAAGUUCUAUUAGAGAUGUUAAAUAAGUGUCAAAAUAUUAGAUAUAAGAAACAAGUAAGAUCAACAUUAUGCAGUGACUAUAAGUUAUUGCCGCGAUUCGAAUCAAAUCUACAGAGUGUUAUGAUGAAGAAAGCAGAAAACUUCAUUCAAAAAGUUUCAAAUCUUGAUAUGAGUGAAAAACCUCUCUUGAUAGACCUACCAGAGUGCAUCUGUAGCUUGAUUGCAUCUUAUUUGAAUCUGAACGACUUUCGAAAUUAUCGUUUAACAUGUUCGUCUUUGUGCCAAUCAACAUACUCUAGCAUUGCAAUGACUAACAUGAAUUUAAAUUUUGACUUCCUAACUGAAAAAGAAUUGUCUCGCUUUACGGCCUUCAUGAAAAAAAUGGAUAAUGGGAAGACAUUUGAUACAGUAAAAAUAUUUGGUAGUUUUUACUUACCAACCUAUGAAGCCUCAGAUAAACUCUGCACUGCAUUAACUGCAGUAAAGGAUACUUUGGAAUUAGCAACGUAUUGUGACAAUCUAGACUUUAUUGGAAAAUUCUGUCCAUCAAUUCAGAGGCUACGAUUACAUAGAGUAUGGCAUAGAGAGCUGCAUAAAAUUACAAAUGAAACAUUUCGCAACUUUCCAGCCUUGAAUGAAAUAUAUCUUUCGGGUUGGAGAUUUCCUCUUGAAGUUCUUACUUGGAUUUUGGAUGGUACUCCUAUGUUGACAUCAUUUAUAUUGGAAGAUGUAACCUUUAAAGUUACUACUCCUAGUGUUCCUCGUUAUUGGCGCAAAAAAAAGCGUAUGCCUUUGCGGCAAAAAAGAAGAUCUUGUCCUAUUCCAGAUGAACUCAGUAUUAUGGAACAAGCACAUAUUAUCGAACGACCACGUAUUAUCGUACAACCACGUAUUAUCGAGCAACCACGUAUUAUCGAACAACCACCUAUUAUCGAACAACCACCUAUUAUCGAACAACCACCUAUUAUCGAACAACCACGUAUUGUCGAACCAGUUGUUCCACCAAUAAUACUAAAUCCUGAUGUGCAGAAAAGUAUGAGUAGUGUUACCAGUAUCCGUCAUUGGUCAUGGAAAAAUGUUAUGUUCGAAAAUUAUUUAGAGCUAUAUUUGCCUGAAUCUGUUUCAUCGUUGGUAUGCAAUUUAGAAAAUGAAUUUAUAAAAUGGAAGCCGGAAAACAUCAAGACAUUCAGCUAUAAGGCAUGGAAGCCGAGUAAAACUAACGUUGAUGCACACGUUCGUAAUAUUAUUAGCAAAGUGCCUUGUGGAAUUAAGACUACAUGGAUUCCGGAAACUUAUGUAAACUUAACACAUUUGACCUUGUAUGAUGUUCAUUUUGUAGAAUCGAAUUUUCCACUUUGUAAACACUUGGAAUACUUGAAAUUAUCCGGAACGAAAAACACGUACGCUUAUCUGGAAGCGUUGUCGCUAUACCCGGCCGAUGAGCUAAAGACGUUAAUAAUAAUGCAUCCAACAGAGUAUGUUGCCUAUCAAAAAUUUGUUCGCACUCUGAAUAACUUUGAUUCGUUGGAGUAUGUACAAGUGGAAGAAUCCUUUAUCAAUAUUCAAUAUGUUGUCGAUAAGCUGUUGGCUAUGAAUUCUUGUUCUAUAAAACAUUUAGUUAUUUUCAAAGAUGAAAGGAAAGAGAAGGUUUUCCAUUUCAAAAAUAACAAGGAUUCCGCCAUUAACAUAGAUAAAUAUGUGAUGUAGUGGAAGACUCCCCAUGGAAAAAAAACGCCUAACCUGCAACCAAGAUAGAAGUUUAAAUAUACAGAAAGAAAAGAAUGAAGUAAUCCCAGAGUUUCAGUUGAUACGAUGAAAUAGACAGUUAUAACGAGAUAUACACACAAUCAAUAAGUGUGUAUGUAAAACUUUUAUCUGUAAUUUUGAACUAGUUUUAUGUAAUUUUUUUUAUUUUGGCAAAAAUAAAUAUUGAGAAGUUACAA